ACGUAGAUUGAAAAGAGAAUCUGCUGCUCGACAAAGAGCUAACCAAUCUUCAGAGCAAAAUGAACACCGUAAAAGGCAAUGUAGAGAAUCAAAGGGUCGAAAAAUUAUGCGUGACGCAUCUGCUGAACUUACUCAAA